AGGGUAUAUGACAGAGACUCACAGAGACAGAGAGAGAGAGAGAGAGAGAGAGACGCGCAUUCAGCUGAUGAACUCAAAGGCUCAAUUGCACUCGUUUGAAAUCUAGCGGAACCCCUGAACCCCGAUAUCCAGGAUGAAUAACCCCCCCGCAGGGAGCGCCCUCACCGCCUCGGCCCCCAUUGAGGUCAGCGCCACCCCCAAAAAGGGACCCCCCAAAUUUAAGCAGAGGCAGACGAGGCAGUUCAAGAGCAAGCCCCCCAAGAAGGGAAUCAAGGGAUUUGGAGAUGAUAUUCCAGGAAUGGAGGGGCUUGGAACAGAUAUCACUGUUAUUUGCCCCUGGGAGGCAUUCAGUCAUUUGGAGCUUCAUGAACUUGCCCAAUUUGGCAUCGUCUAGGCAACGGAACCAGAAUGGCCUUCCUGUCCCGUCGCCAUGGCUACAUAUCAACUCAUUGUAUCAAAACCUGCAGAGGAGAAGUGGGGAGAAUUUACAUUGGACCUACUGACAUAGACCUUAUCUGCUUAGAUCCGUGUGUGUGUGUGUGUGUGUGUGUGUGUGUGUGUGUGUGUGUGUGUGUGUGUGUGUGACUUCCAGAGACUAGGGGGGUGAACUCUGCAUCAUCAACAACUGCUGCUGCUGCUGCAGAGUCACUUCCAAUAGGAGCUCGUUUGUUUGACGUCUCAUCCGAAGGACGGAGCACAAGGAGGUGAAGCGACUCGCUCAGGGUCACACACACACACGCACACACACACACGCACGCACACACACACACAGACACACAGGGAGUCAGUGGCUGCUGCAGAGUCACUUCCAAUAGGAGCUCGUUUGUUUGACGUCUCAUCCGAAGGACGGAGCACAAGGAGGUGAAGCGACUCGCUUAGGGUCACACACACACACACACGCGCACACACACACACACACACACACGUACACACACACACACGCACACACGCACACACACACACAGUGGCUGAGCCGGUAUUUGACUUGUAGGCUUUUUAAUAGGAACCAGCUAAACCUGGCCAGACAAUAUACUUCUGAAACUAGAGAUGUUUGCUAACGUCAGAUACGCAUCUGCAUUGUUUUAACAGCUCCAGUUAAAGGCACAGAUAUAUAUAUAUAUAUAUAUAUAUUAAGGUUUCUGUAUGACUUUGACAGCUGGGGUUAACAUUAGAAAAUGAGGAAAUGAACGCAGAAUCCACCGCACCUGAUCAAGGAUCUGUCUGUCUGUGAUGCUAUCGACCACGCGAUCCGACUUUUAUUUCAAAGUAAAACAGCUUUGAAAUAUUUAUUUAAACUAGGAAAGUCUAUUGACUUUAUAGGAAAUAUCUAUCUAUCUAUCUCUCUAUCUAUCUAUAUAUAUAUAUAUAUAUGUCUGUCUGUCUGUCUGUCUGUCUAUCUCUCUAUCUAUCUAUAUAUAUGUCUGUCUCUCUCUCUGUCUAUCUCUCUAUCUCUGUCUGUCUAUCGGUCUUUGUAUCUACCUGUCUCUAUCUCUGUCUGUCUAUCAGUAUCAUUUGAAUAUGUUUGAGUUAAAUCUAGCAGUCUCCAUUCUCAAACUUCAAGAUGAAACCAAACAUGAUCAGAAAAGGAUUCUAACUUCAAUCAAAUUGAAUCAGCGAUAUACUCUCACCUCCGAUUCUAUUAAGCAAACUAACUAACUUCCCCUGGCAAAUAUUCAUAUAAAUACACACACAGACACACACACACACACACACACACACACACACACACACACACACACACACACACACACACACACACACACACAUAUAUA